AUGGCGUUCAUUCUAAAGGUUGACAUGACGGCAUGGAUAUGGGUCGACAUUGGAGUUGAUGACAGACACUGCAGGGAUGUGAAUGUAAAUUUGAUUUCAAUGAUUUAUCAUCACGAAAGGAAUAAAAAGUUGACAUCUUUAUUAGAAAACUUCACUCAAAAAGAGAUUCAAAAUUUAGAUAAGAAUACUUCUAGAUCGUUGAAAACAUAA